AUGAACACUUCGUUGGACAGCUCUACCGCACUCGGUUUUUACAUCACGCUCACUGUUGUGACUAUAUCUGUAGCAUAUGUUUCCAUCCUGGCAUUGUGCCGUCUUUUCUUGAGUCCAAUUGCUGUCUUUCCCGGUCCACCUCUCGCCCGAUUGACAUACCUAACCCAGUGGUACUAUGAUUGGGUCAAAGAUGGUCAAUAUUAUCUUCAAAUCGAGGAAAUGCAUAAGAAAUAUGGACCCAUUGUGCGGGUAACUCCGGGUGAACUGCAUAUAAGAGAUUCGAAUUUUCACAGCAAGCUCUACGUGACCGGAGCUGUGAGAAAAUCCGAUUCAUACCAUCGAUUUACUCAAGGCACUGGAUUUGAAGAUAUUACUUUCCCCCUCCUCUCCCAUGACAGACAUCGAGCUUUGCGUGGGCAGGUUAGUCGUCUCUUCACAAGAGCGGGUGUUCGCCAACAUGAAUCCCGGAUUGUGGCACGUAUACACGUGCUAUCGCAGAGGAUGUGUGGGUUUAUGAGCAACGGAAAGCCCGUCAACCUUCAUGAUGCCUUCAGUUCCCUUGCAGCUGGCAUGUAUAAUGCGAUAUCGGUUAUAUUCCACGAAGAGCCAACGGACUACCUCGGGGACCCGGAAUUCAAUACCGCUUGGUAUAACACCUUGAAGAUGGGUACAGCAACAAUCCCUUUAUUAACCCAAUUGCCCUGGCUUGCAAGGGUCAUCAGUGCCCCCGUGGCUAGAUACAUCCUGGAACGAGCAACUCCCUGGAGAAUCUUUGAUGAUAAAUCCCGCCGGCAGAUGCUCAAGUCGAAGUCACGGCCCACAAUUGCGUCCAGCGACCGGUCCAAUGCCACUGUAUUCGAUAACCUCUUCAAGGAUAACUUGUUCUAUACCAUGAAUGAACAAACAUUUACUCGUUCUGCGCAGGUAUAUCUAGCUGACAAGAUAUCAUGUUUAUGA